UCCUCGGAGAAAAGGCUGCGGUGAAGUUUGUUGCGCCGCUUCUUCUUCACCUGCUCUUUGGAAGCCGGCAGUAGACUUAGUUCAAGUAAUUUUUUGACGUGAAUAAGUGAUGUAUAUCAUCCUGAAUUGAAUAAAGAAUUUUGAAUUUUGAGUAUUGGAAUCCGGCGUGAGUUUUUUGACAUCCCUUACAGAAUUGAAACACAGACUCGUAUUAACAAAAAAUGGCAAAGAAGAUUAUGAAGCAUAAAAGAGAAAAGAAGAAGAAACAUCCAGCGAAGUACAGCUGUCUCUCUCUGAAGAGCAGUUUAGAUUCUGCGAAAUUGUCUCUCACUCCUGCCUACAACGUUUACGUGGAAUUUUGUCAGAAAACCACGUUACACGGUCUCCGGCAUACGGUCGAGCACUCAGUCCACUAUUUCGAAAGGUUCCUAUGGUUCGUGCUGACAGUGAGCGCGUUCGGUGGCGCCGUGUAUUGCGCGCUGAGCCAACUCUCGCGGUACAACUCCGAGCCAGUGGUGGUGUCGCUGCAGCGGGACUACAGGAACUUCUGGACCAUGUUCCCGGCGGUAACCGCCUGCUUCGUGGACAGGCUGGAGCCGGUUAAGGCGAAGGAGAUCAUUGAAAUGAACUGGAACGUGACAGAGGAAACUGAUCCAGAACGUUACGAAUACUACUACGGAUUCCUGGAGCUGGUCACGGACGUGUCCUUCCGCACAAACUUGCAGAACUUCUGGAAGUACCAGAACGACGACAGCCUACUUGAUGUGGACCUCAUGCAGCUGGUACUGGCGGUCCAUCCCACGAUGCUGCUCAAGGUCAUGAUAUCGGAUGUCACCAAGGAGGUGUACUGGGCUCCGGUGAUGACGGAAGUAGGUAUGUGCAUGACCUUCAACUCCCACUACGCGGAGUUCCAGUUCAUCCUUCAGGACGCGAAUUGGCACAACGACCAGCUGCUCAGGUGUCAUUACCAUAGCAGCCAGUGCUUCGUCAGGAUCGACGCUAUGAACAGGGCAGUCAGGUUCUUUAUACACUCGCCGUUCGAGAUCUCCACAUCGAUAUCCAACCCCACAGGGGAGGUGACGUCGGGGGAGGAGAUGAUACUAGACUUCAAGGCAGUUGAAAUCGAAGCAGCGCCGAGCGUGAAGCAUCUCCGGCCGGAACAACGCCGCUGCCGGUAUCCAGAUGAGUGGAUCAGUAAUAACAUUAAGGCUUAUAGUUUCGGUCUGUGUCAGCUGCAUUGCCGCAACCGAAUGGCUAUGAUGUUCUGUGGCUGUCGGCCGUACUUCUAUGUGAAAGGAGAUGGCCCAAUAUGCGACGCGCAAGGAAUGGCGUGUAUCGGGAGGAACGUGGAGAUUCUCAUUAACCUUCCCAAGAAUCUCGCCAAGUGCUCGUGUAUGCCACAGUGCAACGAACUCAACUAUUAUUCUCAUACGAAAAAAGUGUUUAUUCGGUGAGUAUACAACAGAAGCGGUGGUGGUGUAUUGGUUAAUUAAGACCCCAGGUUCGAAUCCUACUCGUGCCACAUGAGUUUGUAUAUACCAAUUUGACUCAUGUAUAGUAGUUUUCAUCGACCACCGCUUGCUUCCGGUGAAGGGAAACAACGUGAGGAAACCUGAACUCUGAUUGAUUAUUAACUUGUGUGUGAAAUGGAGAAGGCAAUGGCAAACCGGUCCAUAAAUAGUGCCGAAAAAUUUAUUGUGUAUCAUUCCACGUACCUAAUGACAACAACCCUCAGCCAUGAGGAAUCCGACUAAGUAAAGAAAUUUUUAUCAUUGAUGAUAGAACAAAAAAGAAAAAAGGUGGGAUAGGUCAAGUCUCUU